UGCGCCCCCUCGAGCUCUACUGAUGUUUUGUGAGAGGAUGGCAGUGCACGAGCGCGAAAUUCCACUUCUGACCAUUCCAGAUGCAGCAGCAGUCACAAACUGCCUCUCAUCUGUUUGGGGUUUGGGACACCAGUUACUCCUGCAUGCUGGCAUCGGCAAGAGGAUAUAUGAGCACACAGCAGGCAAAGGUUAUACAGCAAGUGUCUUGCCUAGCCCACCCAGGCUGCAUUGGGUCCAGUGGCAAAUGGAUAUGCACAAACCGAUAGCGAGAAAGUUAGUCACCCAGUCACACGAUGUGUUUGUGGCUCUUCAGAAGCAUGGUCCAGAGUCGACAGGUGCCGUCAGAAAACCACAACUCGUCAAGUACAGCCGUCGUUACCGCGCCUUCAUGGGGGAGUGCGUCCAGGACUUGCGCAAAGCUGCAGAAGAUCCCAAUCUGUCCCGUGAGGACUGCGAGAGCUACGCAGCACAGAGCGAGUUGCUGCAGACCAUGGGCCUCAUCUGGAGCCUCUGCGAGAUCCUCUUUGUGGAGACGCUUCCAGGUGGUGUGGUGCUGCAGCAGCUACAAGACUGGUUGAAGCUUCACUUCACGGAGGGCGAUCGUCUGGCCAGGGAGGUGUUAGAGUCAGAGGACCUCCUCAUCAAUGACAAGUACUGGAGGGCUGUGUACAUCUACGUGAUGCAGGGCAGAUUGGCAGAGGCAAGACAUCUCCUGUCCCUACACGUACAGCAACAGCAAGACACCCUCCAUGUCUUUGCCCGCAUGGACAAGCUGAUGCGGGACAUGCCCGUCUUUGGCGCCUCCAGCCGCCAGUCCCUGGCAGAGUUUGACCUGCGGUGGCGCCAUUGGCAGGACCAGUGCAGGCAAUGCCUGGAGGACAACACAUUCAUCUCCUACUCCCACCUGCAUGCAAUAUGCAAGAUACUGUCUGGGGACCUGUCUGUGUUGUCUGAGCAGGGAGAUGUGAUUGCAAGCUGGUAUCAGAUGCUGGUCACCAAACUUUUGUACUGCAACCCGACAGUCAGGGCACUAGACCUGCAGCACCACGCAAAGGCCUGCAUUGACGAGUUGGGUGGUUCGUCCAGGAUGAAUGCAGUGGACAACAUCUUGAUGGCGGCCUUCGAGUUUGACGUUCAUCAAGUCAUCAAAGCUAGCAGCGCCACCAUGAGUAACUGGUGGUUUGUGGCCCACCUGGCCGACCUGUUGCAUCACUGCGGCAAGCUGGACUCCCACCAACUCAAUUUUGGUUCCAACCUGAGAGAGUUCCUCCUUCUGGAGUAUGCCUCCACCUUAAUGUCUCACAACAGCCUUUGGCAGGUUGUUGCUGGCUACUUAGACCAUUGUCCAGAAUUUGGGAGGCAUUACCUGGAGCUUUUCAUUGAGAGGGUCCCGCUGCAGUCAGAAAGGAAAGCCACGAAGGUGCUGAGAGUGUGUGAAGAACGGGAAAUGACUGAACAAGUGAGGAGCAUAUGCAAGGUCCUUGGGAUGCGAGCCCUCCAACAGGGCCAGCUGGGCUCCGCCCUGUCCUGGUGCAUCCGCUCCAAGGAUGCAGCCUUUGCCACGUUCCUCUCGGAUCGGUUCCUGGCCGAAUACAGCCUUGGAGGUGGCUUCUCCAACCUGGACCUGAUCGACAACUUGGGGGCUGCCAUGCUGCUCAGCGAUCGACUUACCUUCCUUGGGAAGUACCGAGAGUUCCACAAGCUGUACGAGAGAGGGGAAUUCCAGGAGGCAGCCAGUCUCCUACUAUCCCUGCUGACUGCCAAAUUGGCUCCAAAGAGCUUCUGGCUAAUUCUCCUGACUGACGUUCUCCCCCUGCUGGAAUUGGAAGAGCUGAUCUUCAGCAGCCAGCAGACGUACGAGUUGCUGCACUGCCUCCACGAGUUGACCCAGUGGUUUGCUUCUGAGGACUACUUGAGAUCGGAAGCUGCCACCCGCAAAACCAAGGGGCAACAAGAGCUUGAGACCGAAAAACUCGAGCUCCUCAAACUGGCCUUGGCAAGGAACCUGGCCCGAGCUAUUCAGGAAGAGGUUAUCAUUAGUUGAAAAAAAAUCACCAAUCACAUCACACCUACUAUGGGCCAUAAGGCUAAGUGGCAAUGGACAAGCAACCUGAUUUGUCAAAGUGCUACAAGCAGGGUAGUCGUGAGCCAACUGACUUUCAGAAUCCACCACUUCAGUCUAACCCCACUUUGAAAUGAUUGAUGGAGACUAACGAGAUGCCAUUAUUGGUCAGUUGGACCUUGGCCCUUUCACCAUGAACCAAUCAGAUGUGCAGAACCAUUGGAGGAUGAAUGGAAAUCAACAGGCAAGGUUAUUUAGAAGAGUGGUCUUGGUGUGUGCGAAGUCAGUCACAGUUGCUGUGUAUGUUGUGUAUAGGAGCACUGUAAUUUCUGUGUUGUUUCUUUGUCCUUCACUGACUAUAUGAAGUGUCAUAUCAUGCCAGAACUUGUCAGAAAAAAAUUUUUCACAAGUUUGCACAGGUGGUACAUGAACCCAUGACAUUGUGCUUACUAUGGGCCUCAAGCUGGACCAAGAGAAGACGCUAUUUCCUCAGCAAUGGAGGCUCCUUUGGUACUAAUUUGGUAUCGCUGAUUCACGAACAACUAGGAAGCAUAAGCGUUGCAGUCACUCCCAACCAAUAUGGCUCUAUUCUACCGAUAAGGAGGGGGGCUUCUACUUGAGCCGGAUAGUUCAGAGAUCCUAUAGAUGGAUCCCAAUACGACGCUUUGAGUAUCGAUCUGUGUACUUCCGCGUUUGAAAACGAGGCUGUAUGUGUCAGCUUCAA